CAUUGAUUUUCAAGUUUGAAAGGAUAAAUGGCUUACGAAGUCAUAUGUCGUAUUACGGAAAAGUAGAUACACAAAUGUAUAUUCAUAGAGAUAGGAAGAGAUAAGAUGGCAUGCGAGAAACUCAUUAGUAUGCACAUGGUAUGCGUGACAUUGUUGUUUCAUGUCUUGAUCGGGAUUGCAACGGCAAGCGAUUAUUUGGACAUCAGUGGAAUUCGACUUGCAAACGGUACAGGGCCAUUUGGUGGUCGUGUAGAAGUCAGUAUAAAUGGGGUUUGGGGAACGGUCUGUGAUGAUUCAUUUGACAUGAAUGAUGCUAAGGUCAUGUGUAGAACAAUGAAUCUUCAAGCGACAGCCUAUGUUUCUGGUGCCUUUUAUGGACAGGGAAUUGGUCCAAUAUUUGCUCAAGAAUUUAAAUGCUAUGGAAACGAGCAACAUAUCAAAUACUGCAAAUUUGACGUAAAUGUACAGUGCACACAUGCUAGGGAUAUAAGCAUUGUUUGCACAGAAUGUGGCGAAGUUGAUAUAUCUAACGGAUACGCAAAGUCAAUAUCAGAGGAUGGAAGUGUGCUUACUGUGGCAUGUAAAACUGGAUUCAGGUCAAACAUAGAUACAAGUGUCUGUGAAGCAGGGACAUGGUCUGUACCGUCAGUAUCUUGUACAGCAGAUGUCACAGAAAUUCGGCUUGUUAAUGGUAUUGGGCUGUACGAUGGAAGAGUUGAGUUACUGAUGAAUGGAACUUGGGGAACAAUAUGCAGUACAUCAUUUUCAUGGCAGGAAGCAGGGACAAUAUGUAAAAUACUUUUUGGCGCAUCACACUGGUAUCGAACAUAUAGCACAACCUCCUACUACUAUGGAUCAGGAACAGGUCCUAUUCAUAUAGAUAAACUUGACUGUAAAACAACGGAGACAGAUUUUAAUCAGUGCACAUAUAACCUAGAUGUGUCAUGUACAGAUCAUAGCCGGGAUGUAGCUGUUGCUUGUAGAGUGUUUCCUUUAAACAUUACCAACACACGGCUUGUAAAUGGCACUGGGCCGUACGACGGCCGUAUCGAAUUACAAGUUGAUGGUCAUUGGGGAACAAUAGAUAGAAGAUACGUAGAUAUGUAUGAUGCAAAGACAAUCUGCAAUACACACGGUGCAAGCUUAGCUAUGUAUUUUGAUACUGCAAAAUAUGGGAUAGGAGCUGGGCCAAUACUGACAGGUGAUAUGCGUUGCUAUACAGAAAAGGAUACUAUAAAUAGCUGUACAUUAAAUUAUCCGUAUCGUCCUUCAAGCUCUCACUCGUACGACUUAUCAAUAGCUUGUACAUCUUGUGGUCUACCAGAUAUUUAUAACGGAAAUGCAGUAGCAUUCAAUGGAACAGAAUUAACAGUGAUAUGUCAUACAGGAUUCUACCCAAACCAGAUAAAAAUGAAAUGUCAGAAUAACAAUAGUUGGUCCGAGGAGCAAAGAUGCACUCCUCUUUUUGCGUUUCCACUCAAUAUAAGUGGCAUUCAGUUAAAGAAUGGUCACAGACCUUCCGAAGGACGUGUUGAAAUUUUAGUCAACGGAACGUGGGGGACAAUUUGUGACACUAAUUUUGAUUCUGCAGAUGCAACAGUUAUUUGCAAAAUGUUUGGACUAGAAUAUAGCAGUUUUAACAUAAAGGCCAAGCAUUACAGCGGAAAAGGCAGUGGUCCAAUAUACGUCAACAAUUUGAACUGUUCGGGAACAGAAUCUCAUAUAAACCUUUGCAGUUAUGAGAUUUCCAAUAACUGUACCCAUUAUGACGAUGUAGCUGUUGUAUGUACAGGAUAUCAGUUAGAAAUAACGGAUAUAAGACUUGCUGGAACACAUGGAUCAUAUCACGGGCGUGUUGAAUUAAAAGUCAAUGGUACAUGGGGAACAGUAUGCGAUGAUUUGUUUGAAUGGUCAGAAUUAUCCACUGUUUGCACAAUGCUUGGCGGCUUGCCAUACAGAACGUAUUUUCACGGAGCUUACUACGGCCAAGGCAGUGGACCAAUUUAUAUUGAUAGACUUGAUUGUCCCUACUACGCUCAUUUAAACGAUUGUCGAUACGCUGUUGAUAACUACUAUAACUGCGGCCAUAAUGAAGAUGUUUCUGUGAUGUGUUACGGGCCAAAAUUAAACAUAACCGGUGCACGACUAGUCAAUGGGACUGGACCAAAUGAUGGACGAGCUGAAAUCAAAGUAAACGAUUCGUGGGGAACGAUUUGUGACGAAAAUUUCAAUAUUCAAGCUGCUGACUUAUUUUGUGAUUUGCUUGGACUAAGAGCAGCUCAGUAUUUUACUGGUGCAAUUUACGGCGAAGGAAGCGGUCCAGUUUUCAUAGAUCAGCUGUUUUGUAAAGAUAAUGAUAAUUCCCUCAGCAGCUGCAAAUAUUUGUUCCUGAAUGAGUGCAGUCACGGGAGAGACAUAUCUGUUGUUUGCAAUGACUGUGGACAACCAGACAUCUACUUCUGGGGUGUGGAUUUCUUUACCUACAAUGGCACUACGUUGUAUGCCGACUGUUCCUACUAUAGGACUUAUGUUGGGAAGCUUAAACUGACGUGUGAUAACCAGACGCAAACCUGGAUCACAGAAGGAGAAUGUCAAGAAUAUAGUUUCCCAUUGGAUGUAAAAGAAAUAAGAAUAGCUGAUGGUCCAAGUUCAACAAAUGGAAGAGUCGAGCUGAAAACAUUGAAUACAUGGGGAACAGUAUGCGAUGAUAAUUUUGGAAUGCAAGAGGCUAAUGCUAUUUGUAGUAUGCUAGGAUACCCUCCAGCGGUAACGUUUUAUGUCGGUGCCCAUUAUGGACCAGGCACAGGCCCAAUAUUUGUGGACGAUCUGAGCUGUGAGGAAGAUGCAACACAUAUAAACAACUGCACAUAUAUUACAUAUGACAACUGUGACCACGACGAUGAUGUUUCUGUUGUUUGCACAGAUUGCGGUGACCCUACACCUGAGCAUGGAUUUAUAAACUCAACAUUCACAAAUUACGGAUCUGCAGUUCAUGUAACAUGUGAUAAGGGUUUUAAUCUGAUUGGUGAUUUUGAAAUUAUCUGUCAGCUUAACGGAACCUGGAGUAACACACCAAGCUGCAAUCUUAUAGACUGUGGUGAUCCUAAACCAUCAAAUGGUAACAUAAACACUACAUCCACUACUAACGCAACAGUGGCAAUGGUAUGGUGCGAUGACGGUUAUUCGUUGAUUGGCGAAUCUGUUAUAACAUGUCAAUCAAAUGAAACAUGGACAAAUGAUCCAGUCUGUCAAAUCAUAGAAUGCAGUGAUCCUGAACCAGAUUUUGCUGAUGUAUCAUUGCUUGAUAAUAAAACAACCUUUGGUGAGACAGCCGUCAUUAGUUGUUGGACAGGAUAUACUCCAACUGCUAACACACUCGUGUCAUGUCUUGCAAACGGAACUUGGGAAGAAUGGCCUGAUUGUGAAAUUGUAGACUGCGGUAAUCCUGUACCUCAAAAGGCUUCUGCAAACAGCUCUGAAACGACAUAUGGUACAGUUUUGGAAAUUGCAUGUGAGGGUGGCUAUAAUUUAACUGGAAUCUCUACUAUAAGAUGUCAAGCUGAUGGUACUUGGACAGAUUAUCCGAGUUGUGAUACAUCAGAUUGCGGCCAUUUUUCCGUUGCCAAUGGGGAAGUUAACACAUCUCUUGGAACAUCAACUGGAUCAUCUGCUACAGUAGUGUGCGAUGACGGAUAUGAUAUACAAGGUUCUUCAGUAGUUAUAUGUACAAGUACUGGAUGGAAUGAAUCCGUCACCUGUCAAGUCCAAGUCUGUCCGGAUCCUACGCCUGAAAACGGGAAUGUUUCUGACACCGAUAGAAAAGACGAAUUUGUUUUUGGCAACUAUGCGAAUAUAGAUUGUGAUACUGGGUAUGAAAUCCAUGGAGACAAUCCUAUUACAUGUGAUAAUGGUGGGGUUUGGAGCAAUAGACCAACGUGUAAAUUGAUUGAUUGUGGGGUUCUUAAUGCUCCAAUCGAUGGUAACAUGGAUGAUUCCCAAGGAACAAAAUACAAAGCUAAGAUAACGUUCACUUGCAAGGAAGAUUUUCUCCUGGUUGGUGACAAAACGACUGUAUGUGGAGAAAAUGGAAAAUGGAAUAAUCAAGCUCCCACAUGUGCAGCUAAAUCUGAAGUUGGAGGACCUUGCAUCAGUCAAGAAUAUUGUUUAAUGGAGGAUUCAAUGUGCAUUGACUCUGUUUGUGCAUGUAUGACUGGAAUAUAUGACAUUCGCACAAAGAAGUGUGAUAAAAUGCCACUUUUACCAUACGGAUACGGCGAAGGUGACUAUUAUAUACAGGAAACAGAAGUAUGUGGACCAACUAUAUUUUUUCCACCUGGAAUGCCAGUUUCUGGAAAAAUUCGCACAAAUCUAUAUGUAUGCUCUUACGGCUUUGUUAGCUUUGACUAUCAGUACACGAAUCCUACACCACCAAAGAAUAAGGACAGUGUACUGACCAUUGGUCAGAAUACCAUCAUUGCCCCAUUUUACGGUCCUAUUGAUAAAAAGACUUCUGGUCCUGUUUACUACAGAUCAUAUGACAUUUUGAAUUCAUACAACAGAAUGAAGGACGACGCUGAUUUGAUUUCUUAUGUUGAAAAUAUUGUAGUAAAAUUUGGAGAUCUGAAUUCGUAUGAGGCGAGCUUCAUUUUGAUUGCAACUUGGCAUGAAACAAAAGCAUUAGGAAUAGGUUUCGACACUAGUAAGACAUCGACGUUCCAAGCAGUACUAGUGUCUGACGGAAAGUCAACCUAUGUGUUUUACAUAUAUGGGCAUGGUUUGAUGCAAUGGGUUGACAAUGACUCUAACGACACUCCGGUAUGGGUAGGUGUGCAGGUAGAUACUGAUGAUUCUUUGUCGUCCUUCACACACCCGUACGCUUUUACGUCACAAGUAUUGCAGUUGGACCUACAACCAGACGUGCCUAAUUCUGAAGAUGAUGUUGCUGGACUGGUUUUUCGGCCAUUGCAUCAACAAAGCGUUGUAAACGAUGCUGUUGAUUGUAUCAGAUGGUAUAAUGAGAAUUAUGAAGAUAAGAAACACCUGGAUUAUAUUGCAAGCCUGACCCCAGAAUGUCCAUGUGAUAUAUGGUUAUCUAGAUUUGAUCCAUGGUUUUGGAAAAUUGGAUUACACAGGUGGCGGAAAGAUAUUUCACAUUACUGUGUAGAUAUGCUUCAUGCGGGAAACUUCGGAAAAUACGGAAAGUCUUGCUGCUAUGACUUGCGAACUUGGCUCUGGGAGUAUGAACGUCCACUAGCUGGGGGAUUUCAGCUGUUCAAUCCACGCUAUCCCUUGGAUCAUAUUGUAAAUGAUGUUAUCCCGAAAACAAAAUGUUGUGUUAAAUCAAAUUAUUGCAACUUGUACUACGAGCUAAGACCAACUGGAUCGUGUUAUAUAUCUUCAUCAUACGAUUUUGGGACAUUCUGGGGCGAUCCACAUUUCAUAACACUAGACAGAAUGAAUUUUACUUUCAAUGGACUUGGAGAGUAUACACUAUUACGUGUUCGAACAAACAACUUGACUUUUGACCUUCAGGCAAGAACAGAAAGAGCCAUCAAACAAGAUGGUAACGUGUCCGAUGCGACGGUUUUCAGUGCAUUUGCUGUUAAAGAUUCCUCAAAUGCUUCUAUUCAUGUGGAAAUAAACAAGGCAAAGACCGGAAUGAUUUUAUAUGGAAACAACGUAGAUCUCACUAAACAGUUCUAUAACAGUACUGACCCCGAAAACCCAUUUGUUUACUCUCCGGAGGAUCCUACUGAAGGGCGAUAUAUCAUUUCCAAAAGGGACGAGACUGUCAGUGUCGUGUUCACUACAAGUGGCAUCUCGCUAAAUAUAUCAGUAAAUGUUGGAAUGCUGUCGUUAAAUACGGGAGUUCCAAAAGGAUUAAAAGGUCUAACCAGUGGUUUGCUUGGAAACUACGAUGGUAACCCGGACAAUGAUUUUACAAUGCCUAAUGGAACGGUCUUGAGGGCAAACCUUACAGAAAGGGAAGUUUUUGAAUAUGGCAAGACGUGGUCGAUAGAUGCGAACGAUUCGGCUUUUAAAUAUGAUGAAGAUAAGUCUCACUUCGACUUUCAUAAUGAUUCCUACGUGCCGCGAUUUCUUGAUGAAGCUGAUCCUGACAAAAGAGCUGCAGCAGAAAAAUCAUGUAAUGGUUCCCAAAAUAUCGAGUGCGUGUUCGAUCUCGUUUUCACAGAGAAGAUUGAAAUAGCUGAUCAAACAAGUAGCAUUAAAGAAGAGUCUGUCUCCACAAAAUCAGAACUAGAAGUAACAGUUCCAUCACUUUCAGGAUGUGACGUCGCUUUUGCUGAGAAAGGUCGAAAUGUAUCUUGCAAUAUUAAUUUUAAAUCUGGAAAUGAAAUCCAUUUUCUCGAGAACAAUGUAAAUGCUACAAUAGAUCCAGCAUCAUCUGUGAUAACAUAUUUUCAGGAAACUGAUGACCCUGUUUAUAUACGAGUUUCUUCAAAGAAUGAACAUGGUCGUUAUUCACCGGCUUUCGUUGUGAAUAUCGUUCAUUGUACACAUUGUAGCGGUCAUGGAAACUGCACAAACCAAACGAGGGUAGACAGCCUUGAUAGUGACCAUUUUAAAUAUGCUCAGUGUGUAUGUGAACCACAGUAUCAAGGUAAUAAUUGCGAGGAAGACUUCAAUGGAUGUUUAGCCAACCCAUGCUCUCUGCAGAGAAAUUGCACUUCUCUUACAGCUGAAGAACAAAAGGCGCAAAAUAGGUCAUAUAUAUGUGGUCCCUGCCCUGCGGGCUUUACCGAUAACACUGAGGAUGAGUGCAUUGAUGUGGACGAAUGUACUGAAGGCAUCCACACUUGUGAACAUAGUUGUACUAACAGAGAGGGUAGCUAUGUUUGUUCUUGUAACAAUGGAUUUAGAGUUGACAGUAGAAACAGUAGUAAAUGUAAAGAUAUAAAUGAAUGUGACCAGGCCUUACAUAAUUGUACACAAAUAUGCAAAAAUACCGAAGGGGGAUUCGCUUGCCAGUGCUAUCUCGGGUUCAAAUUCGACGCAGCAACAUGGUCUUGUACUGAAGUUUCAGACGGAGGUUGCAAUGCAUCUGAGAGGAAUGCCUGUUCAAACACGAGUGGAUGCAUAGUAGCUGAGGGGAAGCCAGAAUGUUUUUGCAAUGAUGGGUAUGAGCUUGACGAGUCAAAAAAAGUUUGUAAAGAUAUAGAUGAAUGCAGCCGAGGUGUAUGUCCACAUGAUUGUGUAAACACUAAUGGAAGUUUUCAGUGUGAAUGUUUUACGGGAUAUCGACUCCAGGAACCAGCGGUUUGCACAGCAUGUGGAGUGCCUUACUGGGGAAAGAAUUGCGAACAAACGUGCGUUUGUACUGGCCGCGGCGCGGAUAGGUGCGAUCCAGUUAAAGGGUGCAUAUGUAAAGCUGGUUGGCAAGGUGUGUCUUGCGACGCCGACAUAAACGAAUGUGAGGCAUCCGUUGAAAUGUGUGACGAUCCACGGAAAACAUGUGUCAAUAGUUUAGGCUCGUACAGUUGUGUUUGUAGAGCUGGAUACUACUUAACUGAGAAAGGGGACUGUGAAGACAUAGAUGAAUGCUCUGACAUACAACUGAAUGAAUGUAUGCAAGAAUGCACUAAUACACUUGGAAGCUAUUCAUGCAGCUGCAGAGACGGAUAUACGAAAACCAAUGAAACAUCUUGCUCAGAUAUAGACGAGUGUGCACUGGGAACUGAUAAGUGUGAGCAACGGUGUACUAAUAAUAUAGGACUGUACACUUGUGCCUGUCAUAUUGCUUAUACUCUCAAUGAUGAUCGACAAUCUUGUGCUAAAUUGUCAGACCCGUGCCUUGCACUCAAUAAUUUGACAUGUUCGCACUUCUGUGUGUUGUCGGAGGAGAACGCAGUGUGUGGUUGUCAGAAAGGUUAUACUUUGGACUCCGAUAACGAGACGUGUGCAGAUAUAAACGAAUGCGAAGACAGUGUCGGAAACAAGUGCAACAUUGAUGCUACAUGCAUUAAUACGGCUGGUUCUUUUGAAUGCGACUGUCCUGUUGGGAAACAACUUGAGAAUGACGGAAGAACAUGUUCUGAAUGCGAUGACUAUCACUAUGGCAAAAACUGUUUGCAAAGUUGUAGCUGUUUGUACGGGACAUGUGACAAAAUUAAAGGUUGUAUUUGUGAUGCUGGUUGGGCUGGAAAUAAUUGUGAUAUUGACAUCAACGAAUGCGACACUGGACAGAUCACAUGCCAGAAAGAAAAUACGAUAUGUGUAAAUUUGCGAGGAGGUGCGACAUGCUCCUGCAAGUCGGGCUACAGAAAUAAUUCAGGACAGUGUCAAGAUAUAGACGAAUGUGAUGAUUUACAAUUAAAUUCAUGUGAUCAACAGUGCGUCAAUUCAGAAGGGAGCUACACUUGUACCUGUCAAAAAGGAUUUGUUUUAAAGGGAGAAAAAUGUACCGAUAUUGACGAGUGUUCAGGAAGUCACGGUUGCGAUCAAGUCUGUGAAAACACUGUUGGGAGCUAUAUAUGCUCAUGUGAAAGCGGUUUCCGACUUGAAUUGACUGACAGGAAAUCUUGUAAACGUUAGUACAAAUCACGUUUUUACAUUAAAAUUG